CUGAAUGGGUGGACUGAGCUCCGGCUGCAUGACAUCAGCUGGGCGGGCUCCCCUCUCACUGGUUCCCCGCCUCCCUCCCGCCCUGAAACCUCAGCCAGCUGAAGGACUGAUUGCAGGAAAACUUGGCGGCUUCCCAACCCUGGUGGCCGGGGCAGUGCAAGGCUGCAGCCUCAGAAGUUGCAGGGAGCACUCGGGAGACGCAGGCUGGCUGGGACACGAGGCUGGCAGAGUGCGGGCAGGCUAGUCCUCCGCGGGACUCACUCUGAAGGCCACUCCAAGGCACCCCCACACCGCGGGAAGCACACCAUGCUGUUGUGGGUGCCACAGGCACUGCUUGCCUUGCUUCUGCCCAUACUCCUGGCACAGGGAGAAGCCAGGCAAAGGGGAGGACCCCAGGCUCGUAACACCUCCAGGCCCGCUCUGCUCAGGCUGUCAGAUUACCUCCUGGCCAACUACAAGAAGGGCGUGCGACCCGUGCGGGACUGGAGAAAGCCAACCACCGUGUCCAUUGAUGUCAUGGUCUAUGCCAUCCUCAGCGUGGAUGAGAAGAAUCAGGUACUGACCACCUACAUCUGGUACCGACAGUACUGGACUGAUGAGUUCCUCCAGUGGAACCCUGAGGACUUUGACAACAUCACCAAGUUGUCCAUCCCCACAGACAGCAUCUGGGUUCCGGACAUUCUCAUCAACGAGUUUGUGGACGUGGGGAAGUCUCCGAAUAUCCCGUACGUGUAUGUCCGGCAUGGCGGUGAGGUGCAGAACUACAAGCCCCUACAGGUUGUGACCGCCUGCAGCCUGGACAUCUACAACUUCCCCUUCGAUGUGCAGAACUGCUCACUGACCUUCACCAGCUGGUUGCACACCAUCCAGGACAUCAACAUCACCCUGUGGCGCUUACCGGAAAAAGUGAAGUUUGACAAGAGCGUGUUCAUGAACCAGGGCGAGUGGGAGCUUCUGGGGGUGCUGCCCCAGUUUCAGAAGUUCAGUCUCGAAAGCAGCAACUAUUAUGCAGAAAUGAAGUUCUAUGUGGUCAUCCGCCGGCGGCCCCUAUUCUAUGCAGUCAGCCUGCUGCUUCCCAGUAUCUUCCUCAUGGUCAUGGACAUCGUGGGCUUCUACCUGCCCCCGGACAGUGGCGAGAGGGUCUCCUUCAAGAUCACACUACUCCUGGGCUACUCAGUCUUCCUGAUCAUCGUGUCCGACACACUGCCGGCCACCGCCAUCGGCACUCCCCUCAUUGGUGUCUACUUUGUCGUGUGCAUGGCUCUGCUGGUGAUAAGCUUGGCCGAGACCAUCCUCAUCGUGCGGCUGGUACACAAGCAGGACCUGCAGCAGCCCGUGCCCGCCUGGCUGCGGCAUCUGGUUCUGGAGAGAGUCGCCCUUCUCCUCUGCCUAGGGGAGCAGCCAACCUCCCGAAGGCCUGCAGCCACCUCCCAAGCCACCAAGGCUGAUGACUGCUCAGACAUGGGAAACCACUGCAGCCAUUUGGGAGGACCCCAGGACUGUGAGAAGACCCCAAGGGGCAGAGGCAGCCCUCCCCCACCACCACGGGAGGCCUCCCUGGCGGUGCGUGGGCUGCUGCAAGAGCUGGCCUCCAUCCGGCACUUCCUGGAGAAGCGAGAGGAGAGCCGAGAGGUGGCCCGGGACUGGCUGUAUGUGGGCUCUGUGCUGGACAGGCUGCUGUUCCGCCUCUACCUGCUGGCAGUGCUGGCCUACAGCAUCACCCUGGUCACGCUCUGGUCCAUCUGGCAGUAUUCCUGAGCGGGUACAACUCAGCACGGUGGUGGUGGUAGCAGUGGUGGUUAAUGGCGCUGGUUAGGAUGGGGUUGGGGGAAUUUCAGAGCCCAGGGGAUACCAGGGAUGUUCUCAAGACACAUAUACAGUUCCAUCUCUGUUUUCCAUGCCAGUUCAUCUCAGCAACCCUGAACCUGGGCCUUAACUCUUCCCCGAAAGACUUGGUGUUCAAGACCCUUACAUCCUCCAGCCCUCUCCCACCCGCCCGUCAUGGCUUUAAAACAUGCUGUCUUAGAUCAGGAAAGAACCACGCAUUCCCUAACUUCACUCUAUUUAUCUAUGUAUCAAACCUCAAUUUCCCUAUUGGCACUUCCCUGAAUAAGGCACUUUGGAAUUCUGCUCAUCUCCCUCAACCUCGUUUUCAGACUGAAGGCAAACAACACUACUACACAGGGCUGAUAACUCUGCCUCAGGUUCAUCCAACCUUAAUGUCUCCUUCGCCUCACCUGUGGCCAUUUCCCUGAACACUCAUGUUCUAUCAGAUG